CCGCUCAGUUUGCUUUGAGCGCUGGAACGCGAAAGUCGUCGACGGAGGGCCAACGCGGCAGCAACUGAAAUAUAAUGCAGCCACAUUAGGCGGGCAAGCAAUAAGCAAAUAUCCUAAAAACCAAAAAAAUUACAAAUAAAACACACACACGCACAUUUGAAAAGUCAACAGCAAUUACAAGACACUUACAAACCGGAGGAAGAGUGAUCUCUCCGGGAUCAGGAUGUCGGCCGCCACGCACAUGGCAAUGCCGGCUCACGCCGUCGUCCCGCCGCCCGGCACUCCGCCUGUGCUGGGGGGCAGCGGGUGCUCCAAUCUCAGCCUGCCGUCGGGAAAGCGUGGCCACAAGCGCAGCGUUUCGCUGGAGAACAAUGCACCGCUCGCACUGCGCAGCACUCCCAGCCUGGGCCAAUCCUCGCUGGGCUCGCCGCUGCUGCAGUUUGGCCAGGCUCCGGGACAAGGCCACUCGCAGGGCUUCCACACGGGCACUUUGAAGUCGCGCCAGGAGCAGCGCAGACUCAGCCAGAAGUUCGGCAGCCACAGCAACUUGGACGACGAGGGUGUGGGCAUUGGUGUGGGCAUGGGCAUGGGCAUGGGCAUGGGCCUGCAGAUGCGCAGCAAGUUCCAGAAUAUACGACAAAUGUUCGAGCUGAGUCGCAGCUGCGUGGGAGGCGGGGGCGGCGAUGGCAGAGGGGGCGGGGCCGAGGAGGAGGCAAUGCAAUCUCUGCCAGCAACACUGCCGCAGCCACAUCAGCCACAGCAGCAGCAACAGCAUCAGCAGCAGCAGCAGCAGCAGAGGCGCACCACGCCCAUUGCCGGCGGAAGUCGCCACCAGCAACAGCAACAAAUGGGCGAGGCGGAACAGACCAGCGGCAACUUUCUGCGACCCAUUGCCUUCAAGCCCAUUCCGUUCGAGCCGGACUACCGCAUCGCCUGCCAGCAGCAGCAGCAGCAUCAGCAGCAACUGCAGUUGCAGCAACAACAGCAGCAGCAGCAACAGCAGCAGUUGCAGCUGCAGCACCAACAGCAGCAACAGCAGCAGCAACAGCAGCAGCAGCAGCAGCAACAUCAGGCGCUGCAGCUGUCGACGGAGGGCGGACAGGCGGGGGGCGGGGCCGAGCGGUACGGCUACGGAUCGACGCCGUCACUUGCCCCACUGCCCACCGCAUCGGCCCAGAAAUUUGGCAGUACCACUGACCUACGACACCUGGCCGCUCGGCGUCGAAAUCAUCGCCUGCUGCAGCGCUCCAGUAACGAGGACUCCCUGACCCUGGACCUCCUGAGCACGGGCAGCCACGACAGACCCGAUGGCACCAGCAGCAAGAGCAGCGGCACUGUGGUGGGCAGCAGCGACCUGACGCCCUCGCCCUCGGACUCUGGGAUCUCGGAACUGGAGGCGGCGCUGAAGGAUCGCGACUCGGAGCUCUCGUACCUGCGACAGGCCAUGGAGCACAAUGAGAAAGACAAGGAGGUGUACUGGGAGCACGAGACGCAGCGACUGCGCCUCUUCUACGAGGGUCAGCAGCGGGAGUGCCAGCUGAAGCUGCGCAAGAUGGAGCAGCUACUCGGACUGCAGCAGUUCCAGCUGAAGCAGCACAAGCUGCGCCAGUCGGAGCAGGUCAACCGGCUGCAGCAGCAGCUCGACUUGGCCAGGGACUCCAGCCAGGGGCUGCAGCAGCAGGUGGACGCACUGCGUCACCAGCUGGAGGACAGCGAGUGGCGCGUCUGCGAGCGCAACGGGGAGAUAGCUUUACUCAAGACACAGCUCAAGGAGGCGCAUCUGGAAAUCAACAUGAAGGAUCAUGCGAUUGUCAGCCUGAAGCACAGCAGCAACAGGAGCAGCAGCAGCAGCAACAGCAACAGCAGCAGCAGCAGCAAGUCCUGUGACACAAACACAAGCCAAAGUCAACCAAAGCAGCAGGCGAAGGAGGAGCAGCCACAACAGCAGCCAGAACUGCAACUGCAACAGCAGCAGCAGCAGCAACUGAAGCAACAGAAUCAGCCUGACCAGCAGCAGCUGCAGAAGAUCAUCACCCUGAAGGAUCAGGUGAUUGGAGCGCUGACCAGCGAGCUGGCCAAGUUGCGCAAGGAGCUCUCCGAUCUGGCCAUUGCCCACGAGUACGGCGAGGAGCCCUGUGGCCGAUACACUCGCCUCAAGCAGCAGCUGGACAACCUGAACGAGAUCUGCCAGAAGACCCGAAAGUACGCAACAGCAUCCCCAACGGUAGCACCAACGGCAGCACCACCAGCAGCACAAGUAGCACCAGCCUGUGCCCAUGAGCUGCCCAAGCUGGAUGUGCUGGUGCAGCGAUUGCAAUUGGAUCAGGGACAGGGUACGCAGCAAACGCUGGACACGCUCAUCGAGGAGUCCACCACGUACGCGGAGGAUAUAGCCAAGCUGCGCCAGAAACUGGACGAUUUCCGCCUGAAUCUCGAGCUGGAGAAGCGUCAGUGGUGCGCCGAGAAGGACAAGGUGCUGGGUUACCAGAAGCAGCUGCAGGCCCACUAUAUCCACAUGUACCAGAAGCUGCGCUGCCUGGACAGCGCUGGAGCAGCAGCUGGCCAGGUGGAGGCCACCAGUGGCAACUGAGAGGAGCUGGAGCUACAGGCAAUGGUGCUAUCGUCGCUGGGGUCAUAAACUUAGGAACCAAGUGGAAAACAGUCCUUAAACUGCACUUCUUCCUUUCAACUGAUCAAAAUAAUACUUCAAAAAUAUAAAUGCAGCCAAAGCAGGACUGCAAUGUACUUCUGCUAUAAAAAUCACUUCACUUAAUUAUCUGCUCUUAACUUUAAUGGCAUCAUUAAAAAUACAACUUUUGCUGCGACUCAAAACCAGUGAGUUGAAACAUUUUCCUUCCCUCGGCGAUAAAUAAUACACGAUUUUCGAUAUUACUAGAGUUGAUGUACACAGAACUCUGAUGAAUAUUUAUACAAGAUAUGCAUAAUGAAUUUUUUGUUUUUAAU